CUAAAGUAACGAAAACAAAAUAGAGAUGGAGAGAUCACGAGAAGAAGAAUCUCAAGCAGGAGAUGGCGGCAACAACAAUCAUCAUAGCAGAAUUGCUGAUGAGGGUCCACGUCUAAACUUGCCUCUGACGAAAACUCCGGAACUUAUCAACUUGAUUCAGAAUUACCUCAACAGAAACAACCCAUGUUCUCCUCAACAGUCAGAGAGCUCAAAGACAUCGAUGCUUCCUCCGAAGGUUCCUGGAGAGAGACUCAAAGCUAUGAAUUUCCCAAUCUCCAAGAUCAUAAUUGGCCAGUGGGAAUACCGUGGAACAAACCCUGACGAUAUUGUGGCGAAACUCUAUUUUGCAAAGAAGAAACUUAUAUGGGAGAUUCUCGACGCUGGAGAUCCAGAGACUAGCACGCCGAGGCUCAAGAGUAAGAUCGAGAUCCAAUGGGAUGAUGUUGCUUCUUUUAAAGAGAGUAUUAAUUCACGUGAUAAAACUGGAAUCCUCAAAAUCGAGUUGAAGAAACGUCCAAAAUUCUUCAAAGAGACUAAUCCACAGGCAGGAAAACACACACAAUGGAAACAAAUGGAUCAAGAUUUCACUGUUGAUCAGGCUGCUUCUCGGUUUAGGAUACAUACACUUCAUUUUGAUGCCGGAGUUCUGCAAAAGAACUUGGAGAAGCUUUUGUCCGAUAGCUUCUGGGCCAGACUCUAUGAUGUCAAUUUCCCGGUACGAGAAGCUGUUUUAUUCGACAUUGACUAUGGAAGCAACAAUAACACCAACUCAUCUAGCUACGUCCUAAGCCAGACACGUCGCUUUAAUGCCAACAGUGACCUUCUACAUCACCCUUCUCAAGGAAUUGGUCGCGUGGGAGUUGGAGAAGGAAACUCUAACAUGGCACCUCGGUACUGGGCUAACAAUGGAAGUCAAAACUCAUAUGGUCAAGCCAAUAGUUGGGUUUACACUGGAAAUGAGUUGUUUAAGACGCAAGCUAUCCCACCACCUGUGUCUUCUCAGUUCAGCAACGGGCAUUAUAACAGGCAAAGUCAUUACAACGGUUCACGGCAGAGUAAUCCGAUGACCCAAUACGAGAGUGAAGCAGUGCAAAACACAAGGGGGGUACUUGGGAGUCAAGCAUAUGCACUACCUCCCACACAAACUAACUUGAUGAUGCCUCAACACAUGAACGUAAUCCCAACGUAUCCUCCGGUUGGACCGUAUCUAGGGAGCACAUUGCGUCAAGAAGAGGAGAGACAGCGCAGGGAACACACUCAUACACAUCUUGAUGGAAAAUUUCAGCUCAAAGAUUACCAGAAAUUUUUAUACAUGAGCAACAACUGGCCAGUGCUUCCUGAUAUGGACAAAAAAGAUGAUUCCAACGAUAACAAUAGUUAGGGUUAUGUUGAUAUUUGGAUCAGUGAUGGUUCUUUAUAGAAUCUUUUUCAAGUGUUAGCUUUCUUCUUGAGUCUUGUUGUAAAUA